AUACACAUAUAUAUAUACUGCCCAAAAACCAAUCAAACACCAAAGAGCCAGAAAUUCACUUUUUUCAGCUGAACAUUUAAUGAACACUAUGUGGAAGAGAUGUUAUACUGUACUAGAAUGGGAAGAUAAAGACUCCAUUUCUGAAACUUGUUAGGAGCAAUCUAGUAGGGGAUAUAAAUGCAUAGCAUGAUAUAACCCAUAAGAAAUGACAAUUUAAAAAGUAAAUACUCUUAACAAUAACAUAUAUGAGGAGUAAGUACUUUUCACUGUGGAAUCAAGAGGUAUCAAGAAGAGGCAGCAUUUCAACUUUGACUUGAAGGUGACUGGUAUUUCAAUAGUUGGUCAUAUAGAGAAAAUAGGCACUUAGAAUAAAAUGUGUUACAUUUUAAUUGCUUGCCAGACAACCAUAUUUAAUCAUCAUCCUAGACAAUUGCUCACAUUUAUUUAGCAAGCCACAUGUUUCUGAGAGUUUUACAAUAUUAACUAAUUUCAUCCUCACAAAAUAUGAGUGAAGUUAUAACUCAUUUUAUAGGUGAGGAAAGGAACUCAGAAAGAUUAGGUCAGUUUUGUAGGUCAGAUAACUAAAAAAUGGCACACCUGGAAUUUGGACUCAGUCAUUUGACCUAUAGAGAUCAUAUUUUUAAUCUCCGUGUCCGUCUGUGUUUAUUUAGGUUGAGAUGGCUUAAUUUGGAUACAGAGGAUAAGCCAGAGCCAGUAGAUCCUCUCGCAAAAUUGAGCUUGUGUGUCAUCUAUAAUAAUGUGGUAAACACACAUUUUAACUGAAUCAAUGAAGUAAUGUAAAAUGAGAAGAUAGAGGGAUCAGCUUAAGAAAUUACAUUUAUAGCAAAACACUAUUUUGGAGUUUAAAGUAUGUCAUCAUGGCAAAGUUUCGGAGAAGGACUUGCAUCAUUUUGGCAUUUUUUAUUCUAUUUAUUUUCUCUCUGAUGAUGGGUUUAAAAAUGCUGAGACCAAAUACAGCUACAUUUGGAGCUCCUUUUGGACUUGAUCUUCUUCCAGAACUUCAUCAACGAACUAUUCAUUUGGGGAAAAAUUUUGACUUCCAAAAGAGUGACAAAAUCAACAGUGAAACAAAUAGCAAGAAUUUAAAAAGUGUUGAAAUCACUAUGAAGCCUUCCAAAGCCCCUGAACUUAACUUGGAAGAACUACCACCUCUGAAUUACUAUCUACAUGUAUUUUAUUAUAGUUGGUAUGGAAAUCCACAAUUUGACGGUAAAUAUAUACAUUGGAAUCAUCCAGUGUUGGAGCACUGGGACCCUAGAAUAGCCAAGCAUUAUCCGCAAGGGAGACACAACCCUCCAGAUGACAUUGGCUCCAGCUUUUAUCCUGAAUUGGGAAUUUACAGCUCUCGGGAUCCUUCUGUCAUAGAAACUCAUAUGAGGCAAAUGCGCUCAGCUUCAAUUGGUGUACUAGCCCUCUCUUGGUACCCACCUAAUGCAAAUGAUGAAAAUGGAGAACCUACUGACGACUUGGUACCCACUGUUUUGGAUAAAGCUCAUAAAUAUAACCUGAAGGUUACUUUUCACAUAGAACCAUACAGCGAUCGAGAUGAUCAAAACAUGUACAAUAAUGUCAAGUAUAUUAUAGACAAAUAUGGAAAUCAUCCGGCCUUUUACAGGUACAAGACGAGGACUGGCAAUGCUCUUCCUAUGUUCUAUAUCUAUGAUUCCUAUAUCACCAAGCCUGAAAAAUGGGCCAAUCUGUUAACCACCUCAGGGUCUCAGAGUAUUCGCAAUUCUCCUUAUGAUGGAUUGUUUAUUGCACUUCUAGUAGAAGAAAAACAUAAGCAUGAUAUUCUUCAAAGUGGUUUCGAUGGAAUUUACACAUAUUUUGCCACAAAUGGUUUCACUUAUGGCUCAUCACAUCAAAAUUGGGCUAGCCUAAAAUUAUUUUGUGAUAAAUACAACUUGAUAUUUAUCCCAAGUGUAGGCCCAGGAUACAUAGAUACCAGCAUCCGUCCAUGGAACACGCAAAACACUCGGAACCGAAUCAAUGGGAAGUAUUAUGAAAUUGCUCUGAAUGCAGCACUUCAGGCACGCCCCAGUUUAAUUUCUAUCACCUCUUUUAAUGAGUGGCAUGAAGGAACUCAGAUUGAAAAAGCUGUUCCCAAAAGAACCAGUAAUACAGUGUACCUAGAUUACCGUCCUCAUAAACCGGGUCUUUACCUAGAACUGACUCGCAAGUGGUCUGAAAAAUACAGUAAGGAAAGAGUAACUUAUGCAUUAGAUCACCAGCUACCUGUUUCAUAAUGCAUUGAUUAAAGUUUAAUAGUUAUCAGGAUCACCUAAUUUUUAAAAGUAGCUUUUGUUUUGAGUUAUGGAAAGAAAACUCAAAAUCAGUAUACAUUAUUAUCUUUAAAAAAUAUUUUUUAAAUUCUUUACAGAUAAUAUUGCCAGCCUUCACAAUACCACAUUGAGAAAAUGUCUGAGACAAAAUUUGUGCAAAUUAUUCCUUAUGGCAUAAUUUACUGCAUUUCUGACUGAAAUCAAAAUUCUGAUUUAAUGACAAUUGAAUUUUUAUUUUACAAUGAAUAAAUGCUUGUGUUACCCAAAGCACUUAGCACAAGUUAAAUUAUAUUUAUAUCCUAGUCCCAAAGAAAUAGGAUUGUGUGUAUAUUUGGGAUAUCUAUUAAAGAAAAAAAAAAACCCUGAAAGAUAAUGUACAUGUUUUAUUUGGUAUUUUUAAAAUAAUUUAAUCAACUUUUACUGUGUUAGUAUUCAGAUUCUGGAUAACUCUUUAGUAAUGAUGAUAUUCAUAAGAAUAACAAAAUCAUUGUAAGUUCUUUUCAGUUUUGCUGUGAACCUGAAACGGCUUUAAAUUAAUAGUUUUUUUAAAUUUAAUUAUAUAAAUUAAGCCUUACUACGAUCAAAUUGUAUUAGGAAGGCCUGCUAUCUACAACACAAUGAUUCACUUGCAGAUUUGUGGUUACCCAUAGCUUGCUAGGUUUUUGGCAUGUUUAGUGUUUCUGCUUUACAGUGCUAGAUUCUGUAUUUUAGAAGCUUUGGAAAGUCCCUUUAUGAAACCUAAUGAUUGCUUGUCAGUUAUUAGGUAAACAAUUGUGUCACAAUUACUAUGUAGAUAUGAUGCCCAAAAUGUCAUUUUUAGUAUAUCUUGUCCAUUUUUAAGUUGUUACCAUUCUAUUAUUCAUGUCUUUAAAUCAGAGACCAAAUAUUUUCUAGGAAAUAAAAAUGUUAUUACUGUCAUUAGAUUGUCUUUUGAUAUUUUAAGUUAUUUUGACCAAAAGUAAUAGGGAAAAUUUACUUAGUAUUUUAGAUUUUAGAGACAUGGAAAUGAAAAUUAUUUUAUAUCUAGGGUAAGUCCUGAAGUUGGGCUUUACAUUAAGUUUAACACUGUAUAAUAAUGAAGAAACUAAUAUUUUACUUAAAAGCUAAUACUUUCAAAUUUUUAUGUAGUAAUAUCCCCAUUUUAUAGAUGUUAAGACUUUUAUACCUAUAGGUUAAAAUACUUGUGAUCAGUAACUUGUCACAUUAUGACAAGUUGAUCACUUGUGUACUAAAGAUAAAUAUCUUUAAAAACUAAAUAAAAUGCACUCUAUUCUUACAAUUAAUGUUUAUAACUAUAGUAAAAAAAGUAAUGUAUAUUGUGUUACAUAAAUGUUAUUUCUUAGGUGUUAAGAGGAGCAAUAGGAUAAUGCUAAAAACUAAUGCCUAUAAAUCUUCAGAGUAUUAAGUCAUCCAUUCAGAAACAUAAAUUAGCACUAAAUUUAUUAUAAAAUAACUCAUCAGAAGACAAAAUUUUAUUUUUAAACAGCAGUUUUGAAAUAAAUUAUGUUAUUGAAGAGAGGCAAUUUAAUGUUAAAUUUGUUUAUAAUUUAUGAAUUUGUCAUUUAUCAGAGAAUGACCAGGCAUUAGGAAAUUAAUACAGCAGUAGUAAUCAUUAUUUUCUAGGGGAAAAUAAAAUAAUAAAUCACUAUACUGAUAUUUUGAUAUAACCAAGCACCUAUAUAGUAAUAACUAUAUAGAUGUAACCUGUGGAUUUUUUCUUAUAUCCAUUUAACUAGAAUAUAUUAUUUUAGGGAUAAUUUAUAAGUGUCAUACCUAAUACUCUUUUAUAAUAUACCAUAUUUCAUUAAAGUUUUGUUAGCGAAGUAUCUACCACAGAGAAAUUUUUGUCAUUGUUUAUGUUGUGUAUUUGAACCCACCACGACAGAAAAUAAAUUUUUGGAAAUAGUUGUGAGAUUAAGGGAAAGUCUAUAAAAACAAGGUCAGCAAAUUCUCAACACGGAUACCACCACUUUUUGUCUUGUUCCCAUUAUAGACAUGGCGAAUCCACACAACAUGCUUCACCUCUAAGCUUUGUUGUGAUUCCUCAACACAUUACCUUAACCAGCCAGCAGUAACAGAUUUCAAAGUAAUCUAAAGCAGAUCCUGUCUUCAUUGCAAAAAGUUAUUCUCAGUGGAAGAAUGGCAUCUCAUCUCAUAAUUACUUACCAGUUUAUAUUAAUAUAUGUUUUUUCUCCAUUUUUAAUAAAAUAAUUACAGUCAUCCCUCAGUGUCUAUGGAGGAUUGGAUUCCAAUUACCCCUAUAGAUACCAAAGUCUGCAGUUGCUCAAAUCCCUGAUACAAACUGGUAUAGUAGUUGCAUAUAACCUAUGCACAUCCUCCUGUGUACAUUAAAUCAUCUCUGGAGUACUUACAACACUUAAUACGAUAUAAAUGCUAUGUAAAUAAUUGUUAUACUAUAUUGGUUAGUGAACAAUGACACGAAGAAAAGGUCUGUAUAUUUUCAGUGCAGACAUUGUUUUUUGUUUUUUGUUUUUUUUUUUUU